AUGGGCCACGUGCUGGAUAGUGGAGGGGGAGGAAGGGGCCACGUGCUGGACAGUGGAGGGGGAGGGAGAGGUCCCAUGCUGGACAGUGGAUGGAGAGGAAGGCGCCACGUGCUGGGCAGUGGAGGGGGAGGAACGGGCCACGUGCUAGACAGUGGAGGGAGAGGGAGAGGUCCCAUGCUGGACAGUGGAUGGAGAGGAAGGCGCCACGUGCUGGACAGUGGAGGGGGAAGAAGGGGCCACGUGCUGGAUAGUGGAGGGGGAGGAAGGGGCCACGUGCUGGACAGUGGAGGGGGGAGGGGCCACGUGCUGGACAGUGGAGGGGGAGGGAGAGGUCCCGUGCUGGACAGUGGAGGGGAAGGAAGGGGCCACGUGCUGGACAGUGGAGGGGGAGGAAGGGGCCACGUGCUGGACAGUGGAGGGGGGGGGGGGGGAGAGGUCCCGUGUUGGACAGUGGAGGGAGAGGGAGAGGUCCCAUGCUGGACAGUUGAGGGAAAGGAGGGGGCCACGUGCCUGACAGUGGAGGGGGAGGGAGAGGUCCCAUACUGGACAAUGGAGGGAGAGGAAGAGGCCACAUGCUGGACAGUGGAGGGGGAGGAAGGGGCCACGUGCUGGACAGUGGAGGGAGAGGAAGGGGCCACAUGCUGGACAGUGGAGGGGAAGGAGGGGCCACGUGCUGGACAAUGGAGGGAGAGGGAGCGGCCACGUGCUGGACAGUGGAGGAGGAGGAAGGUGUCCCGUGCUUGA